AUUUGUCAACCAUUUCAAGCCAAAGCUAACAGCCAGAAAUUGUUCCUAACCAAUAAUAAGCUAUGACUUAUUUAUAAAUCAGAGGCUAUAGAAUUCCUGCAUCUGUAUUUUCCUAUUUUUACCUUACAUUAUAACUAUUACUGUGUCAUUAUAAUCAAAACAUUUUCUGUACUUCGAUAAACUUGAAUCUGCAAUGACAUUUUAAACUGGUCCCUCUAUAAUAAUAGUUUUACUAGAGUGAUCGAAAAUUCUAUCAAUCAAAAAUGGAGUCUCUCUUUAAUUAUGAAUCUGAUGAAGACAGUCAAGACAAGGAUGAAGAACCCGAAGAACUUGAUGCAAAUUACGACUCUGUUGCUAUGGAAAUGAGCUCUGAUGAUGAGGAGAAAUCAUCACCGUUGGAAUCUGAAACAAAAACAUGUUUGUCCAGCGCCAUUGAGUCGUCGGAGAUCAGCGGUUCUGAUUCAAUUUCCUGUUCUUCAGAUGGAAGCCAUGGGAUAGUUGCUAUGAACAUAACAAAAAGUCAGAACACUAGGGAUGAAAGUAAUGGAUCAAGGAAGAGAAAACUGGGCACUGAAGGUUUGGCAAGAUUAUCAUCCUGUUCUUCUUCAUUAACAAAUUCCAAAAAAUUAAGGUAUGAAUACGAUGACAGCUCUCGUUCCAGUGAAAAGUUCCACCAUCAAGGAUCGACUUCAAAAUACUCGCAGUCACACAGCCGAAGAUAUUCAAGAGAAUCAGAUAACGAGAAAAAUUAUCGACUACGAUGUGGUGAAAGUGAUGAUGAAAGAUCAGAAUUAAGAACCAGCAGUGUUGAAAACUGUGCACAGAAGUUGGGUGAUGACCAUUCAUCACAAACGAAAGAUUCAACCAUGGAUAUGAAGUUAUCAAAUAAUUGUAAUAGGAGUUCGGCUUAUUCUACCAAGUAUGCUGAUCAAGUCCAAAAAAGAAAGCUACUUUGGAGUGGUGAAAAACAGGGGACUGGCUGUGAAAGUAAGGCUGAAACCAUAAGCAAUCAUUGGAAGGAUGCUAAAUUUUCCCAAGACACCGACGGAAGACUAAGAGCAAAAUUUAAACGCUUGAUGGGAAUGAAACCAACUGAAGCUGAAGCACAAUUUGGAAGUGGUACUUCGAGUACAUCAACUAACGAUUCGAUGAAGAAGCAAGAGGAAAUGUUCAACUCGAUGGAGAUGCAGUAUGAAGUGGCUCGCGUAAGCACUCACACACAUAGGGGCCUAGGACUUGGAUUUGGUCUUCAUCAAUUCCCUCGGUGAAUUCUAAAAUAGUCAAUUCAUUCAUCUGUCUUUUCAUGGUGAAAAGACAAAAAUAUUGGUUCAGUUAUUGUUAUCAUCAAUUGAUGGGCCUGGUAGAAAUGCCAUUUUGUAGUAUAUUACAAAACGUUAGUCAAUUCUACCAUUUUUCUUAAUGUGACAGUAAGGCUAAAUAAUUAUUAAGUUCCAUGCUAGUCAAACUAGUCAUAUUUAUUGGUUGCUUCUUAAUUGAAUUCGAUUCAUUUAAAAUGCCACAUAUCAUUAUAAGACGUUUUUUGUUUUGUUUUGUAGAGCGAACUAAUCUAGUCGAACUAAUCCAAAUGUGUUUAUUCAACAUAUUUCAUCUCCCAACUUACAAGACGUCUGAAACGGAUUUUUCAAUGGUGAUCUCUUUGACCGUAAUGUGACUGUGACUGUAAUCGUAACCGAAUGUGAAUUUACACAGCUUUAUUCUAGAUUUAGAUUAUUUUAACAAACCUUGACAGCAAAUAUUUCCCAAUUUACAGGAUUGCUUAUAAAUUGGUAGUCUAAAACGAAUUCUUCAAUCGUGAUCUCUCUAAUUUACUUUGGAGUGUACGCAUGUUGUAAAUUGCAGUCCUCUGGAUAAAGAAAUCAGCGAGCCCUUAAAUCGAUGAUCUAAAUUUAUCAAACAUCAUCUAAUGUAAUUGAUUAUUACAUUAUUUUGAUUCCAGAAUUUUAUUAUUCUAAUAAUCUCCACUGAGGUAAUUUACACAAUAUUUCUGAUACUUUUUUCAUACUAGGUGGUAUCAAUUAUAUGCUCUGUCCGGAAAGUAAUUUCAAUGAUUUUCUUCGAAAGCCAUUGCAGAUUGCAGAGUGCUGCGCCACUAAGAGACUAGUAGUUUGGGAUCUUGUGAAUAAAGCCGACUUCGCGCCACUUGCAUCCGUCCUGCAGAAGAGUUUUUACAGGCAUACCUAGAAAAAAAUCGAUUACUAUUCAAAUUAUCGAUACAUUUAUCAAUACAAUUAUAAAUUGAAAUAUCGAUAUAAAACACCCCCACAUUAAGUACAUUAAUACAAAUGACAAAUCAAUAAUAAAUCAUAGUCAAUAAUCCAGCAUUAAAUAGUGAAAUACAAUACAAAUAAGAAAUUAAUACAAUUCAAAUAAUCCAUCAAAACAACUUACACUUGGGUUAUAAAUUCAAACGCUCUGGUGGCUUAAUAACUCUUUAAGCCCUUUCCGAAUUUAAUCCUUGAUUUACAAUUACAUUAUCAUCACCUCCUACUUCAAUAGGCUCAUUUAUUGAUUUAUCAUCUUCAAAAACGUUAAGUUUCAUUUCAAUUUCAUUUGGUACAAUUAAAUUUCGUAAUUAGUACAAUAUCCGGUACAAUAAUUUCAACUACCUUAUCGUUAGGUCUAAUCAUACUUUUGUCAACAAUUUCAUCAGAUAUUACAUUAUCUGAAUAGUAAUUACAGGAUUUUAUCAUCUGGUCGGCAAGCCUACGCCAAAUUAACCCAUCAUUUACAAUUUUUACAAUGUAAUUCCUACAACCAACAACUUCUUCAACAUAAAAUUUUUGCCAUACUCUUGUAUUUGGGUUUCUAUAAUCACAGGCAUAAGCUCCAACAUCAAAGUAUUCAUUCCUACCACUAGGUAGGAAUAGGUUUGGAAUAGCUAGGCUUACAAUCAAAUGUAGACUCUUUCAAACAAUGAAAUCUGUUUCUAAAAAUUCCUAUUGAACAUUCUGAAAGAAGGAGACUCAUUAGUAACCCAGUGUGGUGUAUUUCUAUAAGUGAAUAAAAAUCUACUUAUCAAAGUGUCAAUUGAACAAUGAACAGUGUCAAUGCUCAAUUCAGACCUUCUUACAAAAUAAGGUUUCAAUUCAGGCAAGUUACAAUUCUCUGGCCAACCUGACCUAAUGUAAUGCAGAACCUUACUUAGAAUCUUGUCUUUUCUAGUUGCAAUACGAAUUUGAAAAUUAGCAAUAGGCACAUAAUCACCAACUAAAAUUACAUAAUGAUUUACACAUUUUCCAGUUUCAUCAUGUGAAUCUAUACGUCAUUAAUAGGUAAACGAGAAAAACAAUCAGCAAAAUUUUUAUUUCCAUUAACAUAUUGAAUUUUCAUAGUAUUCAGACAAACAUAAUGCCCAUCUCUGUACAAGGUUUGAACCCACCAGUGGAAUUCCCCUAUUUUCACCAACAUUGCUAAUAAAGGCCUAUGAUCAGUUA